AGAUUUCCUCUUAGCUGAUGCAGGGAAUGGCACACAGGAUUAGAAUGUGGACAUAUCAGGUGUAGAGGAUGCUCCACUUAUGAAUAUUUCUGUCCUCAGCCAAUAAAAGACUCGACUAACUGUCCAUUCCUGCUUGUCUGGGGAGAAGUUUUUGACAAGAGACUCGAAUUACAUCUUGGACAUGGGGCAACCACUUGAAGAUUUUCCUACUCGCUGGGUUGGAAACCAGAGCCUACCGAUAUUACAACCCCACGACCCGAGGACUGGACUACAAGGGCAUGAUCGACAAUUUGAGAGCAGCACCCAAUGGAUCGGUGCUGUAGGUGCACGCUUGCGCGCACAAUCCUACUGGGGUAGAUCUCACUCAGAAGGAGUGGGAGGGCCUGCGACAGAUGAUCCGAAAUGACAAGCAUCAGCUGCCUUUCUUCGACAGCGCCUAUCAGGGUUUCUCCAGCGGAAGCUUGCACACCGACGCGUUCAAGUUGAUCUGAUUUGAUCAAGUUUUCCUCUUGAGUGUUGCUUGGGCCUUGCGAAAGCAAGACCACGUUGCAGUGAGAGUCAACUCCCUACCAAAACUUCACUCUUUCGCUUGUAAUUGACGCCCCUUAGGAGCCUAACCAUUGCGAGUUCACUAAUUUAGAGGCUGCGUUCAGUGCCUUUACAUUAUGUCCAUUUGUUCAGGAAUUACUGCGUAGAGCUCAAUUUAUAAGCAGGUUUGUUUGCGAGUUGACGCCCAGUCAUCGAAUGCUUAUGCUUUUGCAACUUACACAUCCAUUGUUCAUUGUGCACCAGACGAUACU